AAAGUGUGCCAGAUCAACGAGAAAUAAAAAAUUCCAUGAUUCGAGAACGACAACAGCCGAGCUCCGAGAGACGAGAAUCAUUCAGGAGGAUUUCUCGAGAACCAUCUGCUGAUGAUCAGAGAAGCAUUUCUCGAGAAACAAGACAUCCUAUGAUUCGAGAACGACUACAGCCAAUGUCGGAGAGACGAGGAUCAUUUAGAAGAACCUCUUUCGAGAGAAGGGAGUCGGAAAUUUCUCGAGAAGUUCGAGAGGGUGUGCCGAUUUUAACCUGGCAACGUGAAACAAGAAAUUCCAUAAUUCGAGAAUCUCGAUUACAGCCCAUUGCGCAGAUGCGACGAGCCAAUGAUGGUUUACGAAUAUCUCGAGAAGUUCGAGAACGAGUACAGCCGAUUACCGAAAGACGAUUGGCUCGUGAAGUGCGAGAGAGAGAUACAGCACGGGCCGACCGAGACCUUAGAGAGAGACAAGGACAAUAUGGAUCACGUACGGCUGCUCGGUUGGACAUUAAUAAUAAUUUAGAAGAAAAUUCUCGAAAAACGAACGAAAGGCGGUUCGAUCCGUUUGGAAAUGAGCAGAACUUUCAACGAAGAGUUGUAGAAACUGAGGAUGGUGAGAAGAGAAACGUCGAGGAUUCUGAAAGGGCCACUCCGUUAAAUGCAACUUUCAUGCCUCAAGAUAAAAUUAAUGCUCUGGUGAAUGCCGUGCAAGCAGUUUUAAUGACAUUCUUACUCGGAGGUAUAUUGGAAAACACCAAAACUGGCAAAUUGGGGUGGUCAAACUUGAAAUCCCUUCUGCACAUCAAAGAGAAAAUAUUUUAAACGUAACUAUUGCAAUGACGACUUUGGCAACGCUUCAUGGUACCUCUUCGAAUAGUUUUUAUUAGGAAAUUUAAGGGUUAAUUAAAUACCAAAUGUAUCAGCUAUAUUAUCCAACGUUAGUAGUUAAGAUCUAAUAUAUUCUAUAACCGUUUUAUCAAAACCUUCACAUUGUUUUUUAGUAAGUAACACGGACACUUUGCGUUCAGCAAUAAUUUAAAAAAAGUAAAAUAUUGCUGGAUGAUUAAAAUUUAUUUAUCGUUGUUAUUUAGAUAUAAAUUAUAUUUAAUAGACACACCUUAUAGUUAAAUAAAACAUAUUUAGUGGCACUAUAA